UAAUUAGUCCAGAAGCGACGGACUCUCUUCACUGAGUCGGGAUACAGCCGAUUACCUGGCCGGUCCCCUCCGAUGGCUUAUACAGAGGGUCGCUUUUGCCCGGCACAAGACGGAAAAGGCCAUGUUCAGUUCAAGCGCGAAGAUUGUGAAGCCCAAUGGCGAAAAGCCGGAUGAGUUCGAGUCUGGCAUUUCUCAAGCGCUGCUUGAACUGGAGAUGAACUCGGACUUAAAGGCUCAGUUGAGGGAGCUGAAUAUAACCGCAGCCAAGGAAAUUGAAGUUGGUGGUGGCCGGAAAGCUAUUAUAAUCUUUGUUCCCGUUCCUCAACUGAAGUCUUUCCAGAAAAUCCAAGUCAGGCUAGUACGCGAACUGGAGAAAAAGUUCAGUGGAAAGCAUGUUGUCUUUAUUGCUCAGAGGAGAAUUCUGCCUAAACCAACUCGAAAAAGUCGUACAAAAAAUAAGCAGAAGCGUCCCAGGAGCCGUACUCUGACAGCCGUACAUGACGCGAUCCUUGAAGACUUGGUCUUCCCAAGUGAGAUCGUGGGCAAGAGAAUCCGUGUAAAACUGGACGGCAGCCGGCUUAUCAAAGUGCAUUUGGACAAAGCACAGCAGAACAAUGUAGAACACAAGGUUGAAACUUUUUCUGGUGUGUAUAAGAAGCUCACGGGCAAGGAUGUUAAUUUUGAAUUCCCAGAGUUUCAAUUGUAAAAAAAAAAAAAAAAAUGACUAAAUAAAGAGCCAUUCACAGUAUUCUGUCUUAGGAAUGUUUUUCAAAAUUCCA